CUGCAGUUCGGAAUGUACCUCUUCUUUCCAAUCGCCUUCAUGGGAUACUUCGGUACGAACCUCGACGAGCGCUUCGCUGUGCCGGAUUUCUGGCCCAAACCUGAUGAGGCGAAUAAGGUACCGACCGAGAGGGACGAGAUCAAGGCCGAAUUAGAGAGAUUAAGAGCUAGGAGACUGUAUAUAAGGGACAGGAGGCUCGCAGAGGAGGCUCGACGGCAGGCGGAGAAUCCGGCGCCUAUGCAGGACCAGGAGGAGUAG